ACUGUACCUGCCAGCUCUCGAGCGCCGUCCGACGACCUUGCAGCCCAUUCCAGUCACGCCUUCUCCGUAUAGACACCUUUCUUUUUUUCGCGGCUCGCUUGCGUCAUGCGAGACGUCACAUUGGUCGCACGCAGUUCAUAAAACCGGCCGACAUCACUCCAGGGCUCCUCAGUACUGAAAGAGCCGCGAUUUCCUACGGAGUGGUGUCCGCCCGCCUCCGUGCACUGACGGAUUGACGAUAUACUUACUCCCCGACUUUUGGAAAGUCACGUGUGUGUGUGUGAAUUGUGCGCGUUUUAUACUGUCUACGGAAGACGAGACCCCCACCCCUCCCUCCGCGAAAGGAUUUUUGAGGGUUCCUUGUGUUUGCAUAUGCCUACGCCGCUGACGGCGUUGAGUGACACUUCAGCUGGUGUUGGACCGAGGACUGGCGAUAUGCCUACGGUGACGUCACAGCCCAAGAUCGAGCCGCCCCCGCGCAAGCGGAAGACUAGUCAAUAUCUUAAGGUGCCAUCGCUGCAAGUGCCGCUCAACAAGUCCAUGAAGAACCUGUCGUGUCCCGACCUGACCAAGCUGGCGCUACAGAAUGGCGGGGCCUCGGAGGAAGACCUGCAGAGGGCGCCCAGUCUGGGCGACUCCAUCGGAGACACCAUGUCCCUACACUCGGAACAGUGUACGGAAGACGAGCUGCAGUUUGCCUUCAAGAACCACAACCUCUUGGGGACCGACAGAUACGGCGAAGACAGCGACUCCUCUGACUGCAGUCACCUGGAGAUGAUGCCCGGCACUCCCCGAAACAUCCUGACUCCGCGAACUAUGCUGCGUCACGCCGACGUCACGGACACGCGUGCGCCUUUCCUGGUUUCAGAUGACGACGCCUUGCAUAGCCAGAGUGACAAGUCCUCUCAAAAUGAUUCGAGUUCACCGAAGCUCAUGAUGAAGCGACCGGCUCCUCGACAGAGGCGAAAGGCUCCGGCACCCCAGAGCCCCCUGGCCCAAAACAGCGCAAACAGGAUUCCAAGCAUCAAAGUCACCUGUGAGACGCCGGCGCUGCGGUCAUCCCCUGCGGAGAAGUCCAAUGCCUCCGACUGGAUGACGGUUCAGCUGACCCAUCUGAAGCGCUUGUUCGCCGAGCUGCAGGACGACUUCUCCGAGUGGCACCCCGUCGAGAUUCCAGACCAGCCACCCAAGGAGAACGACGAGUCCUUCUCGCUCAAAUACACCAAGGACACCCUGUUUCGAUUCGCCUGUGUGGACUGUUCGUUGCGGGCAGUGCAGCAUGAGUGCACGAAGCUUCUCCAGUGGAAAUCGCCACUGCAGACGCUCCUCGUCGUUGCGGCCAUUCUUCACGGACUCUGGAACGACUGCCUGCUGACUCUCGUCUUUAUCGGAGUCGCGUUGGGGCUCGUUAAGAACUACAUGAGCAUGAAAGGCUUCCUCGGCUCAACCACAGACGACUUUUUCACGACCGAUCACAAAAAGCUUGGCAUCGGCAUGGGAAUCGACAAGGUGCCGGCGAUCAUGUCUCUCAACAUGAAAAUAGCGAAAACAUUUCACGUGCUAUCGGACGCUUUUGACAAAGGACUAAGCUUGUGGACUUGGAGGAAGCCGGCGGUGACGGCCAAAGUAUUGGGCAUCCUCGGCGUGUUAGCCCUGUACUCGAUGAUCCGGCCCACGGCGGAAGUCAUCAAAGUGCUCGGUAAGCGCCCUGGUUCUAAGGCCUUUGUCCUGGACUAUGUGUUUGUGCGGUUCCCGCGAGUGCGCGCAAAGUACGACUUGGCGUGGAUCCUGUGGAACGAGCUGCCCACCGGACCCGAGAUCGAGAAGCAGGCGCGCAUGAACAAGAAGAAGGAGAAGCUCGCCAAAAAGAAGUCCGACCCGCCGCUCAUAAUGAUCAACAACAACGCGAGCGAAAGCCGGUCCCAAUCUCCGGUCUCCUUCCGCGGGGAUGACAUCGACGAAGUUCUCAGCAGCAUCUUCAAUAUUCCCACUUCGGAGAUGUGCCUGCCAGGCUGGGAACAAGGCAGAAAGUGCACGCUGAUCAAGAAGGAACGUUCACUCACCUCUGCAUUCCGCAACGGUCGCCUCUACUUGACAGACCACUACCUGCUUUUCUUGCGGUACAAAGCCCAGCAUCCCAAGAAUCUCACCAUCCACCUCUCGGAAAUUUCCAAGCUCGAAAAGGGAAAGACGGCAUCGUGGAUAUCCGGCGAUGGAACGUCCCUCAUCGUGACCAUGAAGAACGGCGAAGUGUACACUUUUGGCACCGUCGCAAACCGAGAGGAAACCUUCAACAGCAUUGUGGAGCAAGGAAUGCAGAACAACUGCAAGUGGGCAUCCAUAGCCGACCUCCUACAAUCUAAGACCAGCUAAUCAAACUCACCGCUCGAGGCCUUGUGCAUACACUCCACAUUCCACGCGCAAAUCAUUUGUACAUAUGGCCAUUGUCAUAGUCAAACUCUGUGGCGCCACCUAUACGUCUCAAAUGAUUUCUUGCCUGUGCAGAGUUGUGUUUGUAGUUUUCCUAGUCAGUUGCUGUAAAUAGCCAUGAAUGUUGUGUCGACGAGAGUCCGACACCAUGUAAUGAGCCAACAAAGAGAUUAUACAAUGUACAUAGUAAAUGAGAAGCUCAGUCCUGGCGACAACUAUACAAACAUGCCAGGCUAGGCUCUCCGAAUGCUUAAGACCUUUGCUUGCCUAUGCAAAGGAAUCUGCAAGCAUCCCACGAUUUGAGUUGUUGCGCACUGUUUCUCACAUGUGUUUCACAGCCGACAACAAAGACUGAAAACAUUGGCAGGAAAUAUCCAAGAAGACAUUUCCGAAGAUUCCCAGUGCAACCAUGCUUGGUAUUGCACUGACUUGCCUUUUAAACAACAGCUUAAAGUGUGUUAGUCAUCAGUAUUCAGUCUACAGCCAAUGUGUCCUUACGAUAGUGACCAAUUCACCACAAGACAGUGUGAGCACAUGCGACGUGUGAUAAGUGAGCAGCAUGUUCACCUCUUCGUUUACAACAAAAAAAUGGGCAUAUGUUUUGAAGCUAUUUUAUGAGGAAGACACCUUUACCUCAGUUGUUGAACAUUGAGUCAUUUAUUUUCUGCUGUUGCUCUUUCAUAAUUCAACACAAUAAACUUGUAUAUCAAA